UUUGUGGGGGUGGGGGCAGGAAAGGCCUUGUUAAAAGAAUGCGAACCCAUACCAGUACACUCCACAAAGGAUCACUUAUUUUCUCCAGAAAUCCUUUUCAAAGUAAUCCCCAUAAGAUCUGUAUUUCCAUUAGGGGGGUUCAUAUUUGCGCAUAAGUGUUCCACGAAUUUCAUUUCUCCCGCCAGUCCGAUUAUUUCCGUGUAGCGUUCGAGCCCCUUGUACACAAAUUUGCUUUCUCCGGCACCGCGCCGCCUCGGAAACAAAAGGCGCCUUGAUCGUUUCCGAGAGCGGACAUCCCUGAAUAUCGGCAGUACAACGGGUAGUAAAUAUUUAAUUGUUCCGAAAUACCAUAUUGCUGCUAAAGCGGCCAGACAUAAGGUCAAGCGAUAACUGAAUGAUUCUUGUAAUGGAUUAGCUGGAUUCGGUCAUGGCGUAUUAUCCCUUCAGAGAUAAAGAAGUUCAGGGAAGUUCAUUAAAUUACCUUUGAAUGGAAUACUAAAGAUCUCCGGAUUGUGUUUUCAACGCCUUGGAAUACGCACGCCAUUAAAUCGUCUCAAAAUAGUAAACAGGUGGUAAAAUAAUACAGACGACAGUGAGCUUCGUUGUCAACGCAACAUCAUAAUUCAAAUGACACGUUUCGGAUGAACUACAACUUCCGGAAACAGCCGUCAACGUACCGCGGCUCAAGACGUCGCUUUACUGACGCCAUAGUCGGCGGAACGGAUCGUUCUGAGCGCUUCAUAUUCACGGCGAGCGAAUGACAAAGGCUGGUUUAAAAAUGGCAUUAGCGGAGUUAUUUAAAACCACUGUUGGAGAACAAGGGUCAUUUUGUGCCGCCGCAAGCCCUGAAGCAACCAGAAGAGGACCUUGGGAGCGGAGCGCCGAUUGGCCGCUCGGACAAAAAAAAGGGGCGGUCCUGGUGAAUUAGUGAUAGACGGUAAAGGCAGACGUCCUGCAGUGAUCAAACCCCGGGUGAUCUGACACCCGGCCGUUUGAAGUGAUUGUCAUGCUAUGUAACAUGAAGGCUUACCCCCAGCUUUGGGCCUAAUUAGUUCACUUAGGGCCCUUUAUAAAGACUCUGCCGGGACACCGCAAGGGACACCAGCUCAGUAAGGAGCCAGAAGAUCCGCGGGAGGAGCAGCAACGGCAGACUCGGAUCCCUAAACUAGAAGCGAGCAAACUGAAUCUGAAGACUUGUCCGCGUCGGCGAGAAUGCCACACUUAUCAGACAGCAGCUACUACACGAUGCGGGAUGCGACCAGAGCUUCGAAUGUACAGAACCAACUGGAAAACUCAAAGUUCCACCUCCAUCAGAGCCAGAGCCAGCAGGUCAAGCAGUACCUGACGCUGGGCUCCAAGUUGGCCUCGUCGGCCGCGCAGGCCCACGGCGUGCCGCACCCCCACGCGCCCGGCCAGCCGCUGGCCACCGUGCCCAUCAUGAGGAACGGGCACAUGGCCUCGGUCAACGACGGCAGCAGCCCCGACAGCCCCGUCACCCUGAUGAGCAUGGCCAAUCACGACAGCGAGUUUCCAAUGGAUGAAGUGAUUGAUGACCUGAUCAAUCUUGAAACGGGCUUCAAAGAUGGCGGCCUGGAUUGCAUGGAGUCGAACAUCCUGAUGCAAAACAAUGUGUCCCUCAGUAGCAGCAUGCUGGACGUGUAUGGGGGUGAACAAGGUAUGAACCCCCCUAACGGUGGACUGAGUCCCACAUCUAACCCCACAAAGCUCACAGUAAAAAGGGAAUACACAGAACACGACACGCGGGUCAUGGCCAAGGAGAGGCAGAAAAAGGACAACCACAACUUGAUCGAAAGACGGAGACGAUACAACAUCAACUACAGGAUUAAAGAACUGGGGACGCUCAUACCGAAGUCCAAUGACCCCGACAUGCGGUGGAACAAAGGCACCAUCCUAAAAGCCUCGGUGGAGUACAUCAGGUGGCUGCAGAAGGAGCAGCAGCACGCUCGCGAGCUGGAGAGUCGCCAGAAGAAGCUGGAGCAGGCCAACCGGAGGCUCAUACUCAGGAUUCAGGAACUUGAGAUUCAGGCUCGAGCGCACGGCCUCCCGAACAUGGCGACCUCUUUGGGGACGACGGACCUGUCCUCGCACCACCUCAAGCAGCAGCAGUCGUCCCCUCAGGCCCAGCAGCCCCCGCUCUACCAGGAAGACCCCAACGGCGAUUACCUGCAGCGGAUAGCCGUGGUCGCCGGCGUGCCGUCCAUCCCGAUGCCGCUGGGGCCGCAGGACCACGUGGUGGGCGCCGACGGCUGUAGCACCUUCUCCGACCCGCUGUCCCACUUCACCGAGAUCUUCAGCGCCACGCUCAAGGGCGAGCACCGGCUGGACGAGAUCCUGAUGGACGAGGCGCUGUCCCCGUUUGGCGCCGACCCGCUGCUGUCCUCGGGCUCGCCCCGGGCCGCCUCCAAGGACAGCAGCCGCCGCAGCAGCUUCAGCUCAGGGGAGGGUGACGACCUAUAAUGCAAAAACCACAUGGGGUCAAAAGUGCUAUCAGACAUUUUUUUUUGGGGGGGGAGACAACAAACACUGGCACCCCUUUUUCUUGUAUAUAUUGUACAGCUCAUGGACGUCCUGAUUUUUCCAGCAUGUCUGCCUCCCACAAAAACCAGAAAGACUCAUAUACACAAAGAAAAAAAGAAAAGGGAGAAACGUUUUUGGUUAACACUGUCGUUAGCUGUACACUGAAUUGUACUCCAAAGAACUGCUGAGAUCCGGACAAUGUUUUUUUUAUAUCUCCAACGUGCCUUAUUCAUUAUUAUCUAUUUCUUCUUUGUCAUGCCUAACACUGCCUCUUUUCUACAUUUUUUUUUAUAUUUAUAUGGCCUUAAUCCAUGCCAUCAUAAAAUAUAUUUGCAGUAUACAUUAUCUAACAUGCUACUUUUUUUUAUCCUCAGUCUGGGGUUGGGAAGACUAUAAUAA